GAGAGAGAGAAAGACAGAGUGUGAGUUGGGGAGGGACAGAGAGAGGGAGACACAGAAUCCAAGGCAGGCUCCAGGCUCUGAGCUGUCAGCACAGCUCGUGACCUGAGCUGAAGUUGGAUGCUCAUCUGACUGAGCCACCCCAUCUCAUGUGCCCCAUAUCAUGUGUACAUUUUUAAAAAAAAAUUUUGUAAUGUUUAUUUAUUUUUGAGAGAGAGAGAGACAGAGUGUGAGCAGGAGAUGGGCAGAGAGGGAGGGAGACACAGAAUCUGAAGCAGGCUCCAGGCUCUGAGCUGUCAGCACAGAGCCCAACAUGGAGCUCGAACUCACAAACCAUGAGAUCAUGACCUGAGCUGAGGUCGGCUGCUUAACCGACUGAGCCACCCAGGUACCCCAUCAUGUGUACUUUUAAUACAGAAAGGAACUUCCAGAGCUUGUGGAGGAACUUGAACUUGAACCUGAAGACAGUGGGAAACUGCCACACAGUGACAAGCUGCAUUCUACUAUGGCCUCUGUGGCUUCCUGGGAGAAAGGGGGAAAGACAGGAGAUAGGACCCAGUCAGAUCUUCUUCAGUAACUCAAUCAAAAAGCAAUAGGCCAGACAUUGGGAACCAAGAGUGUGGAGAGGUGCAUAUUUGAAAUGUGGGGGACCCCAGGUCUUUGUGACCAACUGAAUGGAUAGGUGAGUGUGAAGGAGGGGUCAGGAAGGACUUCAGGGGCACCUAGGUGACUCAGUUGGGUGUCUGACUCUUGAUUUUGGCUCAGGUCAUGAUCCCAGGGUUGUGUGAUUGAACCCCAUUUCAGGCUCUUUGCUGAACAUGGAACCUGCUUGAGAUUCUCCCUCCCUCUCUCUCUCUUUGUUCCUCUCUCCCUCUACCCCCAGCUCAUUUGCUCUCUCAAGAAAGAAAGAAAGAGAGAGAGAGAGAGAGGGAAAGAAAGAAAGAAAGAGAGAGAGAGAGAGAGAAAGAAAGAAAGAAAGAAAGGAAGGAAGGAAGACUUGAAGCAUCAUUCUCAGAUUCUCAGUACACAUGUGAAGACCAGAGAGUUAAUCAUUUCCAGGCUAGGAAAUCUUGGCACUGUUGACAUUGGAGGCCGAGUCGUCCUCAGCAAUUCUCAGAGGACUUGGGUGCUCUAUUUGCCUGAAGAAUAUGAGGUCUCUGUGAGAGAGAUUGGGACCCACCACGAAGGUGAUGACCAGAAGAGAGUGUCUGCAGAAUUAAGCUCAGAAAAGGAGUUCUCAGACCUCGCUGCAUUGGAAUCAGCAGAGUUCUCGAAAGAGACUGUCUUGGAAGUGGGAGAACAGUGGGAAGCUGCCUCUGGUGCCUUUGUGGCUCCAGCAGUUGCAGGUGCUGAGGUCCUGGCCCAUCUGCAACCACCGUGCUCCUGCUGACUGUGGCUAGGGGCUGCCCCCAGCAUACUCUCCGCGGAGCUCAGGACCUAUGAGAAACCCAGCACCUGGAAAAGCUCGAAGAGGAGAUGACACUGGUAGAGGAGACUGUCCGGACAUUUGAAGGCAGAGCCCUGCCUUCUGAGGAUCCCUGCCCUCUCCACAACAGCUUCUUCCGGUAUGAGGAGGAAAUGGAAGCACGUUCUCAGCCAGUCCCAUCCCAGGUGAUGUUUCAGCCACCUGUGAGCUUCAAGGACGUGGCUGUGACCUUCACGCGGGAGGAGUGGGGACAGCUGGAUCCAGCCCAGAGGACGCUGUACCGCAACGUGACUCUGGAGACCUGCAGCCACCUAGCCUUCCUGGGGCUUCUGCUUUCGAAACCGGCUGUGAUCUGCUGGCUGGAGCAAGGACAAGACCCAUGGAGGGCAGAGCAUGGACCUCCCAGAGACUGGAAGAAUACACUUGAAAAGGAAGAGUCAGCUUCUAAAGAGGAUACUGCUGUGGAAGAACCAUUCCACAACACAGAAAUGAAAUGCUGCAUACAGGAGGAGGGCCCCUGGUUGGUAACAUUGGGAGGAAGGCAGGAUUGGAGGGACCAGCUAAGGGAGCACCAGGAAGACCCUUUGAGUCAAACGAUACUCACCCCAGAAAGACCGUUUGCUCACGGGAAACAUUGUGAGCCUGACCUUGGGGGAAGUUACCUGAAUUUAAGCCUUCUACCUCCAACAUUACCCACAAGAGCACAUUUCCAUACACUUGAGUCACAGGUUAAAAAAUUGAAACAGAAUUCAGUUUUCAUUAAUCAUGAGAAAGGCUGGGCUGAUCUGAAGCCCCAUGAAAAUCACCAAAGUCCUAGCACCUUCUAUCAGAGCAUUUCCUUGAAUAAAUUUACAAAUGUUGAAACGAGAAAUAAAAAGCCUUAUGAACAUACUGUCAGUAGUGACUCUUUCAACUAUGAUACCUCCCUUCAAUACCAUAAUAGAAUUUUUUCAGCAGAGAGCAGCGAUGACUGUACAGACUAUAGAAACAUCAUUAAUCAUAGCAUGUCUAUGAAUGAACACAAACCAAUGCAUUUUAGAGAACUCCAGUAUGAGUGUGACAAAUGCCUUGUACAAACUGUGAUAAGUGGUCCUGAAGAAGCACCAUUUAGAUGUGAGGAGGAAUGUAAUACCUUCCAUGAGGCGUCAUCUUUUACUGACUGUGACAUCAUUCAGACUGGAAAGAAGCCACAUGCAUGUAAUCAAUGUGGAAAAUCUUUCAGCUGUUGCUCUAAGCUUGUUGUACACCAGAGAACACACACUGGAGAAAAGCCCUAUGAAUGUUCUCUGUGUGGGAAGUCUUUCAGCCAGAGCUAUGACCUUGUUGUACACCAGAGAACCCACACUGGAGAGAAGCCCUAUGAAUGUAACCAGUGUGGGAAAUCCUUCACCCAGAGUUCCAAACUUAUUAGGCAUCAGCGAACUCACACCGGAGAAAAACCAUAUAAAUGUCAUGAAUGUGGAAAAUCUUUCAGGUGGAACUCUAACCUUAUUGUACACCAGAGAAUUCAUACUGGAGAGAAACCUUAUGAGUGUGGUCAUUGUGGAAAGUCCUUCAGCCAAAGUUCUGACUUUGUUGCACACAAAAGGACUCACACUGGAGAGAAACCCUAUGAAUGUAACCAGUGUGGAAAGUCCUUCAUUAGAAGCACUCAGCUUAUUAGGCAUCUGCGAAUUCACACUGGAGAGAAACCAUAUAAAUGCAAUCAGUGUGAUAAAGCUUUCACUGGGAGCUCUCACCUUAUUGAGCAUCAGAGAACUCAUACUGGAGAGAAACCUUUUGAAUGUAAUCAGUGUGGGAAAGCCUUUGCUGGGAGCUCUCACCUUCUUUCACAUCAGAGAAUUCAUUCUGGAGAGAAACCAUACGAAUGUAAUGACUGUGGGAAAUCUUUUCGGCAGCGAUCACAGCUUGUUGUGCACCAGCGAAUCCAUACUGGAGAGAAACCUUAUGAGUGUAGUCAUUGUGGAAAAGCUUUCAGCCAGAGAUCUCCCCUUAUUGUGCAUCAAAGAACACACAUUGGAGACAAGCCGUAUCAGUGUAACAUGUGUUUUAAAGCCUUCAGUCAGAAGUCACGCCUUAUUGAACAUCAGAGAACACAUACUGGAGAAAAGCCCUAUGAAUGUAUUGACUGUGGGAAAGCCUUUAAUGAUCGGUCCACUCUUACAAAACACGAGAGGACACACACUGGCGAGAAACCCUAUGAAUGUAAUCAUUGUGAAAAGGCCUUUAGUCAGCGAUGUCAACUUACUAGGCAUCAGAGAAUUCAUACUGGAGAAAAACCCUAUGAAUGUAACGAAUGCGGGAAAGUUUUCAGUUAUAUUACAUCCCUUAUUCAACAUGAAAAAAUUCAUGGGAGAGAAACUCUGAAUAAUCAAGAUGGAAAAGCUCACUGCGAAACCUUUAUUAGACAUCAGGUGACCAAGGUAUGACUCUCAGAGUGUGCUCUAAUGACCACAUAUAUCAGAUUUGCUUGGAGUGUUCAUUGAAACUGCAUAUUACCAAGCUUACCUUGAUCUACUAAAUCAGAACCUCUGGCAGUAAAACCCAAGAGCUUACAAUUCCGAAACGUAGCACAAGUAAUUUGUAUGUACAUUAAAAUGUGUUUACUUCUGCAUUUAGAUGAGAAACUGUGAACAUGACCACUGAUUUAAAAUUUUCAGUCAGAGCUCUUAGUAGGAGUUAGGAAAUUCAAAAUGUAAGUAUACCCACCAAAUAAUCUUUUUAGUGAAAACAACCACCCAAACUUACGCAGACAUUGUCCCUGUAACACAUUCCUAGAAAUAAUGGAUUGGAAGAUAUUCUUGAUGUAAAGCCCCAAACACUGUCUAAAAUGAAAUCAUUGCAUGGUGAAGUUGGUACUGAGUGAUGAAAUAUGUAACCAGAAAUGAUCAAUGUAAACCAGCAGUUAACAUGAACUGGAGGAGGUCUAAGGAUGGGAAGUCUUCUGAAAUGGUUUUUAUUGGAAUUAAAAGUAGACUCUGGGGGCGCUUGGGUGGCUCAGUUGGUUGAGUGUCUGACUCUUGAUUUCAGCUCAAGAUCCCAGGCCAUGAUCCCAGGAUUGUAGGAUUGACCCCCCCACAUUGGGCUCAGCACUGAGUGUGGAGUCUGCUUAAGAUUCUCUCUCUCCCUCUGCACCUCUCCCCUACUCAAGCUCUCUAAAAAAAAAGAC